AUGUUGACAGUGCAAGAGCAAACGGAAAUCAUCCAGAAGGUGCGCGGAGCACUGAACCAGUAUGAAGCCAAGCUCAGCGAGAUCAACCAGAAGGCAAGUACUAUACCACCCAUAAGACAAAUAGUCAAUAUUGACAAGCAACAGAUCUGGUCAGACCCCGAACUAGCAUUCAAAGAAUACAACGCCCACAACAACAUCUGCACGUUCUUCGAAUCCCUCAACGAUGACAAUGGCUACAAAAUCACCCGGCAAGCCUAUGGCAUCGAAACAGCCCUAGAAAUAACCUACAAACAAGGCCACGGAGGCCGCACCGUAGCCUUCAACGCAGAAUACGACGCCCUGCCCGGAAUGGGCCACGCCUGCGGCCACAACCUAAUAGCAACAAGCAGCAUCGCGGCCUUCCUCGCAACAGUGGAGACAAUGAAAGCGCUCUAUAGCAAGAACAGAACAACAAGCACAAGCUACGAAGUCCGCCUCUUCGGCACACCGGCCGAAGAAGGCGGCGGCGGAAAACUUCUCCUAAUCAACGCCGGCGCCUACAAAUCCGUUGACGCCUGUUUCAUGGUCCACCCAUUCCCAAUCCUGUCUGGCGCGCCGGAUCUGCUCAGUUCGAGCUCUUGUACCGGGCAAUACCUCGCGAAUGAUAAGAUACAGGUGACAUACACGGGCAAGCCGGCUCAUGCGUCUGCGGCGCCGUGGGAGGGGGUGAACGCGCUUGAUGCGGUUGUUUCGGCUUAUGUAGGGAUUUCGAUGUUGAGGCAGCAGAUCAAGCCGACGGACAAGAUCCAUGGGGUUGUGCUGAGGGGUGGGGAGAGGCCGAAUGUUAUUCCUGCUUCGACUACUGUGGAGUAUUAUGUUCGGUCGGGGAGUGUGAAGGAGUUGAGGCCUUUGACGGAGAAGGUGGUCAAGUGUUUCGAGGCGGCUGCUACUGCUACUGGGUGUACGGUUGAAUUUGAAUGGGAGGCUUCGUAUAAGGAUAUGAAGAUCAAUAAGCCUAUCUGUGAUAGCUAUGUCUCUGCUAUGAAUGCUAUGGGACAUAGUGCUAUCUUUGAUGCUGCGGGACAGGAGGGUGGGCUCAGUGGGGGAUCCACUGAUAUGGGCAACGUCUCCUACGAAGUCCCGAGCUUCCAUGGCGGCUUUUACAUAGCCACGGACGGCGUCAAUCAUACGCCACAGUUUACGGCAGGCGCGGGUUCGGAGGAGGGCUUCAAGCGCAGCUUGCAUUGUGCUGCGGGAAUGGCGGUGGUGGCUUGCCGGAAUCUAGUUGAUGAUAGCUUUGCGAAGGCUGUGGAGUCUGAUUUUCGCAAAGAUAAUACGCUGUAG